GUAUGAGUGUGUGGACGUAUUCGCGAAGACAAUCAACUUCAUUCAAGUCAGUCGUGUGAGAAUAGCACAGUCGCACUGUUAGCUAUAAUGUCCGAUCGCAUGGGCUUCUCACAGGAAGGCAGUAAAUGCGACAGGAAGAUUUGGUAGAGAAGGUGGAAAGGCAAUCGAAGAUCCACGAAUUAAUAUGCUAGUCAGUCGCGACGCACGCAUGCAACCCUAAACCAUUGCCGGCAUUACAGCAAUGUUGGAAUGAUGUGGGAGAAACAAAGUGAGGAACACAGUGUCGAGCCACUCGGUUGCUAGAUUGCCUUUACAUUCGGUAGGGAUGGGAAGGGAGUUUCAUCGUCGUUGCGUAGUGCUACUGUGGAAGAGAAGAGAUGUAAAACGAAUUGAAACACAGAUGGGAAAAGAAUAUUGAAGGCGAAGAAGAAAAUAACGAUAGUGAACGCGCAUCGCGCAUGUUAAACCGAACUGGAAGCGAAAUAAACGAAGAACAGCACUACGGAGAGACGAAAGAGACAAAGAGUAACAACAGAACCUACCACAGCCCGCAAGCAAACAAACACAUACGAUCGUGUGGACAGUGUUGAAGGGAAAGCAGACUGUAGUGCAAGUAGAUUGUGAAGAAGCAGAACGGGAAUUGAACGACGCGCGACGAUUUGCUUGUAAUGGAAACAACGCUCGGUUGAUGGUGGAAGGCGCCUUGAGGCGCGGUCGAUCCGUUCAUUCAUAAAAUCUUCAUUUGAACGGCAACGUUGAAGUACAGACGCUGAGAGUCAGCGCCUCUGCUCUUCCUCUCCCGUACGCCUGGUUUUUGUGCGAUAGUCGUAGGUGAUUUUGCAUCAUUAUUUGUGACGUUUUUUGUGGUUUAAGGUACAGAAAGAAAUAAACGCAAGGGAUAGUAAACCCGCGUUCUAAUCACAGCUCUUCUAGUCGCGAAAGAGUGAGAGAGAUAGUGGAGAGAAAGAAACAGCGUGUGUGUGUAUGUUUGUGUUGUGUGCAAGAGAAUUUGAGGAAGAUCAAGUAAGCUUCUUUUCGGUUCUUACAAUGUAUCACAUUGCAACAAUCAAUUAUGUGCAGUGAGUUUUGAUAUAUCCUGUAUAGUGCUGUGUUCGCACUUAAAAGAGUUUCUAACUUCUACCAAAAGCGUCGCCAGUGAGUGAGUUGUGAAAUAAACAAAUCUUUAGCAUUAUGUAAGUGCACCACGACAGUGUAUAGUGCAACUGAUUGGGUUUGCAGCCAGUUUUUUUAGCGUGUUAUGUACGAUUUCAGCCGUAUAGUGCAGUGUAUUUGUUCGCAUUAUUUAUGUGAAUAUAGUGUAUAAUAAGAACAAGUGUACAUCUAGGCCCUAGAGAAUUUCGAUGAGAGUGUGUAUGGAGCGUUCUGUACUGCCGCGUUUUGCUGAUAACUGAUUGUGUGCAGCUGCAGCACUUAUCACUCGUUGGAAUUGGUGACAAAAGUCGGUUCAGUUUAAACUUCCAUACUCGUACUAAAAAAAGAAAGAAGCAGUGAGAUAGUAUAAGAUUCGCAAAACACGGACGCUUCAACCAGCGAAGAACGAUCUUCUACUGGCGGGGCACAUCCAAGCAAUGGAAACGGACCUAGCAUACGAGGUACUGGCGGAUUAUUCGCUGCAAGAGACCCCCUUCUACGAGGCUCCGACACCAACGGCAGCUGUUAGUGUCAACUUCUAUCCACCACCGAACGAUAUCCAAUCGCCCCAUCAAAGCGGUCCUCAGCAGUCCCGCAGUUUGAACAACACAGCUCGUUGCUACGAUACAGCAUUUGAUCUUUCGCUGACUACAUCUAUGUUAACUGGCAAAAUGCAGCUUAUGAACACGAGUAGUGCUACAACAUCGGGACCAAGUGUCGGGGCAAUAGGUGCUUCUGGAGGAAUACAUCAGACAAAUCACCAAAAUCAACACCAAACCGGAAUGGCGUUGGUUCCGAUGGGUGUUUCUAACCUUAGCUCUGGAUCAUCAUCAACAUCAUCAAUUUGUAGUGGGGGAAACGGUGAAGGCCUGACGAGGCCUAAGAAAAUGAAGAAAUCCGUCAGUUUUCUACCAACCUUUGUACAAGGCUGCGAUGGCGAUUCAGGUUCAAUACAGCUCAAGCAGGAACCGUUGGACGAUGGACCUAUACGAAAUAUUCAAAAGGUACCAAGCCUUUCCGAUCUGUCUGAUCCCGAAGCAUCACUUGAUGUCCCAACACAGAUGCCACCUUUGACGCCGGGUACAAACAAAAAACUGACUGAAGUACUCUACGCAUCAUUCGCUUCUUGGGAGAAGGAAGUACAGACAUUCAAAAUUACCAAAGAUCCUCGGCAAUGGACAGCAGAACAUGUGCUAAUAUGGUUGAACUGGUCGAUCAAAGAAUUCUCCCUCGAGGGUGUGAACAAGGAGCCGUUUCAAAAAAUGAGUGGCCGCGAUAUAGUCGGUCUUGGUCGCGAAGGAUUUCUAGCUAUUGCACCACCAUUCACCGGAGAUAUUCUAUGGGAACACUUAGAAAUACUACAAAAAGAUUGCGAAAAGGCGCUUCUAGAGCACAGUUCUUCAGUUAGCAAUGGUGGGUACGAUGCGUCCUGCGGGCAGGCGGCUGGCAGUGUUGGCGUUAACGAACUCAAUGAGUACAACAGUACCCUUCAGCGGUUAAGUGGCCAGCAGCAAGAAUUUGGAAGAGGGAAUGGCUCGAAUAGCAAUAGCAACAGCAGUAAUACUCCCGCAUCUACCUCCAGCACAACUCCCGGCACAACCACUCCAAACAGCAGUAGUACUACCAACACCAGCAGCGGCAGCAACGGAGCGUACGGAUCAGUUCAUGAUCGCAGUACAAAUGAUCGUUCACCGCCACCUCUAAUAACUUCGAGCGGAGGUAACGUAGCAAACGGUAGCACUAACGGCAGCAGUAGCACAUCUUCCAUGGCAUCCUACCUGUCGUCCCUCGGCUCACGAGGUCCGCUAAAUGGGGGCAACAGUUCAGGAACAGGAGGGUCCGUCUACCAUCAGCAGUCAGGGAGCGGUGCUGCAAUGAAGGAGGAGCAAGAACCAAACAGUUUCAUUAACAUUGAUGAUCUGCCGAACUAUGGAGUUGUACCCGGCCAUUACGACGAUCAGGAUCAGUACCAUUCGCUGCCAGCACCAGAAACCCAAACGACUUCACACGGAUACCUCGAAAACAGUCCCGAGUUUUACUCAGCCAUCCAAAUGGAACAAAAGUACAUGCCACCGCACUACAAAUCGGGUCCCUAUACUAGCCGAGGAGGUCGCUAUCAUCAGCCACACCACCACAGCAGCAAUACCGGUGGCGGAGGAGGUGGUGGUGGCGGAGGAGGUGGAUCGGGAAACCAGCAUACACAGCAGCAGCACCAUCAACAGCACCAGCAGCAGCAGCAGCAACAGCAGCAACAGCAGCAGCAACAGCAGCAGCAGCAGCAUCAGCAACAUCAGCAUCACCAUCCUCAUCAUCAUCCACAUCACCAUGCACACCAUCAUCCCGCCAGCCAUCAUCAGACGGCUCACCACCCUGACAGCGGUUAUCCUGAGUAUGGAUCACCCUACGAUACCCCUCCGUUCCAGACCGUUCCGAGCAAUACGACUUCUCCGCAAAGCUCGGCUACUUCCGGCAACGGAGGGCCAGGUGGUCCCGGAGGAGCAAAUGGAAGUGGUAACAGCAACAAUAAUAACGGAGACCUGCUCGGCGGUCAUGUUGUGGAUCCGUGGAGCUUACACCAUCCUGGGCAGCAUCCGCACGCCGGGGCACCCCAUCCAUUGCUGGACUUUCAACACCCGGCGUAUAUGGGCACGACCAUGGGCUUCGACAAGACGAUGCUAGGCACGUAUGGAGCUCAAGGUGGUGCACCGUGUUUUACCGGCUCCGGGCCCAUUCAGCUGUGGCAGUUUCUGUUGGAGCUGCUAACGGACAAAACCUGCCAGAGCUUUAUCUCCUGGACCGGAGAUGAGUGGGAAUUCAAGCUGACCGACCCGGACGAGGUCGCACGGCGAUGGGGUGUCCGGAAGAACAAACCAAAAAUGAAUUACGAAAAGCUGAGUCGCGGCCUCCGGUACUAUUACGAUAAGAACAUCAUUCACAAAACGGCCGGCAAACGAUACGUGUAUCGAUUUGUAUGUGAUCUUCAAACAUUGCUGGGCUAUUCAGCAAAACAGGUACACGAAAUGGUUGAUCUCAAACCUGAUAAAAAGGACGAUGAAUAGACUGUGUGAAAUAAGCGGAACUAACACACUCGAACAUACAUACACAAACCCACCCACACACUCACAUACACACACACUCUGUAACUAUCGUUUCGAUAACGAUAACUAUCUGUAACUAUCGUGCGGCUUGAUAAUACUGAUCUCCUUCUUCUUCUCCCGAGCCACAAUCAGAAAACGGGAAAAUUGCUUCUCUAACCACAAAGCGAA